UCGACGGGGCUGCUCUACCAGAGAUGGUCGUGCGGCUUUCGUCGAGAACGACCAGAGGAAACAGGGUCGCCUAUAUUGAGGCCCCUGCGUCUGCAGCGGCGGUCCUCGAUAAAAUGGACCACCUGCGGCUUGGCUGGGUCAACUGCAGGAUUCGGCCCAGGAUUAGGGCCGAGCGUUGCUACAGGUGCCUUGGGUUCGGCCACAUCUCUCACCAGUGUGGCGGGCCUGACAGAGCCGGGGCAUGCUUCAGGUGUGGCAAAAAGGGUCACGUAGCAAGGAGCUGCUCGCAAAAAGAAGCGAGCUGCUACCUGUGCGAGAACGUGAACCCGAGGCCGGAUACCAGACAUGUCGCUGGGUCUGACAGGUGUGGAGCCCUACGGGCGGCUGUAGGAAUAGCUUCGAGGAAAUGGCGCUGAUCCUGCAGGUG